AUGAAUCUUCAAGCUCUAAAGAAAAAUAAAUAUAGCAAACUUAAAAGAUCUUUAGAAGAUUUCAAAAAAACAAGAAAAAAACCAAAAAAAGAUUCUAAAUAUUAUGUAAAUAUAUCUGAAGAUGAGUAUAAAAAACCAGAAGAUAAACCUGAAGAUGAUAAGAAUAGCUCUAAAGAACUUGAAGAAAAUGAAGAUAGUUCUGAAGAACCUGAAGAUAAUGAGGAUAGUUUUGAAGAAUCUGAAGAAUAUGAGGAUAGUUCUGAAGAAGAGCUAGAUGAAGUUGUAAAAUCAAGAAAGAUAUAA